ACGAAGUAGGCUGGCGAAGUUCUUCCAAGCUCAUAGUUAAAAUGAGCGCUUCAAGCAGUUCUGCCUCUCAAUAACUAAGGCGAAAUUAUUUAUUUUCUCCAAAGUCGUUUAAGUGAAUACAGAUUUAAACGGCCAAAAUGAUGACUUUUGGGAUCGUAGCAUAUGGCAUGUGGACGUGCGUAAUAUGGAACGGAGUGUCGGUCACAGCAGAGGCUGCAUGCUCGGAACCACCCACGUUUCUCCCCAGUGCGAGCUCUGACAUUUGGGGCACUCAGGACUCUGUGGUGGCCCUGAACUGCACCGCCCUGCUGGCAGCGGGCCCCAACUGCAACGCCACCCUGCAGUGGCUGAAGGGAGGGGCACCACUCAACACCACCUGCUACCCAGAGAACACCACGCAAAGUAAGUAUGGGAACAGGACUCAGGUGAGCAGCGUGCUGCAGGUCAGGCUGGCAGGCCAGGAGGACUUUGGCCUCUACAGCUGCCUCGUCAACAACGCCUCCCUCACAUUCAGCCUCCACAGGACAAACCUGCCCAGUCACACGGCCACCGUGGUGGCAGCCGUCACCUUGCUGCUGCUGUUGGGGCUGGCUGCCCUCAUCUACUCCCGAUGCCACCUCAACAUCAAGCUCUGGUACAAGAACAACUACGGAGACUACGAGCUCAAUGAUGGUAAAAUGUACGACGCCUACAUCUCGUAUGUGAACGUGGAGAACGACAGGAAGUUUGUCAACUUCAUCCUGAAGCCUCACCUGGAGAACAAGUAUGGCCACAAGCUGCUGCUCAACCAUACAGACAUCCUGCCGGGGGCAGAGCCCUCUGCAGAGCUGGUGAUGAGUGUGAGUCGGAGCCGGCGUCUCAUUGUGGUCCUGUCUCAGUCCUACUUGGAGCUCGACUGGUGCACCAACAACUUCAGGCAGGGUCUGUGGCACCUGCUGGAGCUGUCCCAGAGGCCGGUCUUCAUCCUGUUCCAGGCCCAGCAGAGGCAGCUGCACCUGGACGUGGCGCAGCAGCUCCGGGAGCACCAGCACCGCAUAGACACCCUGGUCUGGGGACCCAGCUCUAUGACCCCCUCCUCCUCCUUCUGGAAGGAGCUGGCGCUGGUGAUGCCCCGUAAGGUGACGUACGGCAGCCGCUCCUCAGGGGACCCCCAGACCCUCCACCAGGACGACAAGGACCCCAUGCUCACCCUCAACCCCGACUACCUGGACUGCCGACCGGACCCGGACCCUGCCGGAGACCUGGGCCUCAGGUUCCCCGUGUAUAAGACUCAGCAGCGGGUGUCUAAGGCUCCAGUGCUGCCUGUGGCCCCUGAAGCCUCCUCUGACAUGCGGCCCUCAGACAUAGACGUGUCCGAUCUCGGGUCUCGAAACUACGCUGCACGCACUGACUUCUAUUGCCUCGUCACAGAGGACGAUAUCUGAGCGAAGUGCC